AAUUUUCCUUUAAUUUCCUCCUCACAAAGAUAUUCUGUUAUUGAUUUUGGCAGAUGCUUGGAGUCACUGCAAUGUUGAAAUGCAAAAUCUGCCUCUGUCUUUAGUUUUCCAGAAGCUAUAGGCUUUGGGUCAAAACUGACUGGUGUUUCGAUCUGUUUACAUGUUUAUUAGUAUUGAGAAAUGUCUUGCUUCAUCUGAAAAGUAAUCCCAGCAUAAUGAGGAAGCUGUCACCAUAUUUCACCGUGAGUAAGAACAGUGCACUCUUCUGUUAGUGAUGUUCUGGGUUAUCUAUGUGCAAAACAUAUCUUUUUGUAAUUAAGAUUAUAAUUGUGGUGCAAAAGUUCCAGCUUGGUUCCGUCAAACCGUAAUGUUUUGCCUUUUUGUAGGCUUUUGUUUUCUUUAGUAGAAAACACAUUCUGUCCAUCAACUCUAUCCCAGAAUAUGGAGAUAGAGUUUCACGUUGAAUAGACUAAUUAAAAUGUGAACGUUGCUCUUAAAAAAAACUCUACUUUCAGGAUUUUGUGGCCCUGAUAUAACUGUAAACUGUCAGCAAUCUAAAUUACAUCUAUAUAGUCUGUCAUUAUUCAGAACGCAGCCGCAUGUGGUGUUUAAUUUUCCUCUCACAUGACACGAGUGGAGCGGCAGUAAGUGACUGCAUGUUAUUCAGCCCAGCCUCAUUGUUCCAGGCGGCCUGUGACGUCGCUUUGUGUCGGAGGAAGGAGGGAGGGACGCCCGGGUUAGAGUGUUGAUGUUCCCAGGCAAGCAGGGCGCAGCAGACGCACCUUUCCCACCUUUUCACAGGACGGUUCUUUGCAUUGUUUAGUUUCUCCUGGGAAUUAAACAUCUUCGAGACUUUUUCCAGACGUUCACCAGGCCGGCCCACAUGCUGCUCUCUGCGGCCACACGUCAACGCGGCGGCGGAGUCGAGGGGCAGCAGCUGUAGGGAUCAAUCUGAGAAGUAAAUGGUGUGAAAGUGGAGUACAACAGGAUUAUCGUCUGACGUCACCUUAAAGGAACCCAAAGCGAUCAGGCUGUAAGAUUACACGUUCUCAGAUGUCUGCUGCACUGUAAUAAUGCCUUUGAGGUUACAAUGUCUACGCUGAAGCACGUUAUUCUGCAGGACAAAGACCAGGACAAUGAGAAGAAACUGGACUGGAGUUACAUCAACGAAUGGGCCGAGAAUGAAGUCGUCACAACAGGAUCGUCGGACAUGGAGACCCAAACGGACUCGGGGUCUUUCAAGCACAAGGAGUGUCAGACCUGCAGCCCGGUCAUAAUGCACAUAGAUCUCACACGGACGCACUCCAAGCUGAGACACCUGUCGCUGGUGGACACUGAGGGACAGUUGGCACCUUUGUUCCAGUUCGACCGCCAGGCUCCUGGACGCAUCUCUACGUCUCCCACCUUGAGGAGGAUGAGGAGCACCAGACGUCCUAUGAUUGACACUCGAGAAUCGGGCCGCAUGGAGAGCACUCAGGAGGAGCCGUGCCCUGCAAGCCCACUGUCCCCUAUGAAGAGAGUCAAAUCACCUUUAGCAACAACCUCCUCCUCUGAUGGAGAGAACUGUCAGGAACCACAGUCCGUUUCACCCUCUGGGCGACAGAGAACCAGAUCGCGUAGAUCAAAGACUUUUGAAAACGGUGUCAAUUCCCCAAACUGGGAAUGCAACAGUGCUCAUCCUGCUCUAAUGAAAGAGUCUCCGUUUUCUGAUGUAGAAGUGCAGGAGAGGGAACGGUGCCAUCGAAGGCUUCAGGAGAGGAGGCGGAGCUCGGUGGUGGUCAGUUUACCUGGACUCGAUGUCUCGCCAGGAGACCUGUUUGUGUCCAACGGAGCGGCGGACAUGAUCAAUGAUUCAAAUCUCGCUGAUGCAAAGAAAUCAAAGUGGCCCUUUUUGAGGCGCAGUACGACUAAAGGGAAAUUGCAGGUGGGCACAGUAUCAGAUAUUGAAAAAUACCUUUCAACGGUGCAGAUUCAAGACUGGAGAAACACUGACUUUCAGAAGUAUAAGGACUUUUCUCUGGCUGAGUUCCUCCAGGAUCAGUCCUCGCAGGUGGGCGUCACCUCUGACCCUCAGGGUCGAAAGAGACAAGAGGCCAUCUGGGAACUCUUCACCAGCGAGUGCGUUUACUUCCUGGAUCAGCUCAUGGUUCUCAAAGAGGUGUUUUCAGCCACACUCAUGAACCUGCAGCAGAACAACUGCCUCAUGGAUGUUGACUCAUGGAGCCUGUUUGCAAACCUGAAUGAACUUUGCCUGAUCAGCUUUAGUUUCCUGAACAAACUCUUGCGUGUCAUCAAGAACUUGUUGAGUGUUACCCAAGGGGACGGGCCGACCCUGCUGGAGCUGCUGAGCAAGGUUUUUGAGGAGAGCAUAUGUCACUGUCUGGAGAAGUACUGCCUCAACUACUCAGCAGCGCUGCUUUAUCUGCACAACCUGAUGCCCAGGGAGGACUUCGGGUCAUACGUAAAGUGGUGUGAAAGGAGCGAACAGUGCCGGAGGCUGCAGCUACGCGACCUGUUGGUGGCGCCUCUGCAGCGGCUAACCCGAUACCCGCUGCUGCUGAGGAACAUCGCAAAGAGAUGUCAGGUGUUGGAGGAAAGUAGGGAGCUGCAGGUUAUAGCUGACAAAGUGGACACAUCUAUAUGUGAUUUGGAAGGGAAGGUCAAGUGGCUGGAUAAUUACCAGAAGGUGAAACAGCUGAGAGAUGCGCUGGUGUGGCUGCCGGUUUGGGAAAGAGACAAACGUGCCUUCAUCCCAGAGAGUCUGAAACAUCUCCUGAAGGCCGUCACUCUGGACAAUCUGAUCUCCCACAGAAGUCUGCUGAACGAAGGGAAGCUGGUGCUUACAGAGAAUACAAAGCUCAUCGAUGUUUAUCUGUUCCUGUUUGAUGAAUUCCUGCUGAUCACAAAGAUAAAGAGAAGCAAGAAGAGGUCUGUCAGUUCUGAGCAGAACCACCUGAGGCUGCAGCAGAACCUGGAGCUGGACCAGCUGCUGAAGGAGGGAUGCACCUUCACGGUUCUCGAUCAGCCCAUCUCUCUGGAUCGACUGCAGCUCAGGAACAUUGAUCAGCUAAACGCCUCCACAUCAGGGCUGCCACAUUCUUUCAUCAUAAUGCACCACAACCGGUACCAACAGUGUAUCGGUGCGUUCAUCCUUCAAGCUGCGUCAGAGUCUGCCAAGAGGGAAUGGAUGACGAAGUUAGAGGGCGCUGUGGCGGCGCUGCUGAAGCUGGACUCUCAGCAGCCGCGAGUCAAGAGCUCCUCCCUGUGGCUGGAGUCCUCCCAGAUCUGAUCCCAUCCAGCAGCACUUCAAGCCACUGGAAACGAUGUCAAUGUGCACUUCACUGUCCCUAGGAGUCCGUCACAAUGACUGCUCCAACACUAGGAUUAUUUUGUAAAUUCUGUGUGCCUUUAAAGGCAGCUAAUGUGUUAGUGUACAAUAAAUUCUUAUGAUUUAUUUGGUUCUUUUUUUUUUUUCUCACUUCUGCUGGAGGAUUUUCAGAUUGUAUUUCCCUACAUGUUUUUUCUUAGAUUUCUUUUUGCCAAAUUUGACUCAAGGGAAGCUUUUUAAAAUAAAAAUUCAAAUACUAAAUUUAUGAAAGUUUGAUAUAGAAGCAUCAAUACAUAAUCAGGCUAUGAUGGAAGAAAAAAGUUGACAUUUUUUCCAAAUCAACUAAAAUGUUUGCAAGCAAACCAAAUUAACAUUUGUUGAAUAUCAAAAUGAUUACAAGGUUAGGUUAUGAAAUAUUUAAGGAUUUGAAGAUCCGUGAAUACUGUUUAACCCUUUAAAUAAGAGACCAAUGUUGACUUUGGAGGAGUUGCAGAGAUUAGCAGCUCAGGUGUAAAAAUUUGCAGACAGAAUUUAGGAAUCCAAAGUACAUGAACGAGUUCACGAAAGAAAAAUCCAAAGGAGACGAAGUGUUGAGCAGAACUCGGCUGACGGGAAACAUGCUGAAAAAUACAGCAUCCCCACUGUAAAAACAUGGCGGUGGCAGCAUCAUGCUGUGGACAAUGAGCAGCUCACUAUUUGUCAUUUCCUGGACACACCUAAAAUAGACAAGUGGACAAUUUUCAGACAAGAACCUAAAGAAAAACGCACAUCGCAGACCUUUAGAAACAUACUGCAGGUUUUUUUUAUUUACACUUGUCAAUGAAAAAGAAAAUCAACAUGGCGCAUGUGAACACAGAGUACACCACCUCAUCCCUCCAUGCAGGUCAAACGAAGCCGCCCAGACUGUACAAGAUCUCAGCAAGCAGCAGAGGAACCUGGCCUCAGGCACACCUUAGCAACCACCAGGUACGUCCACCAAAGUGAAAAGUAAAGCCGUCAUGCACGACAACCGACAGCGACGCAUGAAGCCACAAAAGUCUGUGGUAUCGCUUUGUAAAUAUGAGUGAGACACUGAUGAAUCCAAACACUGUUUCACUGCACAUCUCUACGGCCACACGGAAACGAUUUACCUCUCUCAUUACGAACAUUUACAAAGAUAACUAAGACGGCAUUAGUAAAUAAGCAGGAAAUGCUGAAGCCUGUAUAAAGUUGGUUGUCCUAUGUUUGCAGCCUGGCAAAGACGGGCCUGGAGUAGGUGGGGUAAGGUGCAAAACCUCUCACCAGUCCUAGAUCCUGAAUCGGAUGCAAGUAGUGAUACCUUUGUGACGUCCAUCGUCUAGAAAUAGUGCGUUUUCUCAGUCGAACUGAGGUAGGCAUGAAACCAAUUUAACAUAAAAAAAAAAAAAAGAUUUUUCAGAAGGUGAAAUGGACAUUCAUGUCUGAUGAUCAUUCAAGCAAAAAGAGCUAAUUUGGUAAAUCUGAGACACACCGCUUGCUGCAGAAUACUGUGCAUAAUCGGUUUUACAGUGUUUCCACUUGCUCCAGUCAAAAAAAGAAAACCAAAAAGUACAAUAGAUCCCAUCAGAACUCGCAAGCAAUUAUAAAUUAAAAUAGCAGGAAUUUAGCUUUACAGUGUUCUCAGCUGGACAGAGAACCGACGGUCACUGCUGUACCUGAAGGCAGCAGUUCCUGAACCUCGAGUCGGAGAGAUGCCGAGCUUCUGAGCAGCCAGGAUUCAUGCAGCAGGCAUGACCGUG